GCGUGUUUGAAAGCGAAGACAUCUCGCACGUGGAAGGUGAUAUAAACCCAAUACGGGAUCUGGAGAUUAUUGAAGAUGAAUUGCGCCUGAAGGAUUUAGAUUAUGUCCUUAAAGAGUGGGACAAACUGGAGAAAGCGGUCAUUCGCGGGGGUGACAAAAAACAACAACCUGCAUUUGAUUGUCUUACUAGAGUCAGAGAUUUGUUGGCCAACGAGAAGCGAAGUGUCCGGUUCGGUGAAUGGAAUCCGUGCGAGAUCGAAAUACUGAACGAACACCUGUUCAUCACAGCAAAACCGGUUGUUUAUCUCAUCAAUAUGUCCGAAAAGUCUUUCACCAAGAAAAAGAAUAAGUGGCUACCAAAAAUUAAAGAAUGGGUAGAUGCGCACGAUCCCGGUGCCACCAUCAUCCCCCUCUCGGUGGAGAUGGAACUUAAGUUGAGCGAAAUGUCCCCCGAAGAGGCCAGCGAGUUCACCAAAGAACAUAACACAUCGAGUGUUUUACCAAAGAUUAUUCGCGCUGGUUACCAAGCUUUGCAGUUGCAGUAUUUCUUCACCUGUGGUAAGGAUGAAGUGAAGGCUUGGACGAUUCAACAGAAAGGCACAAAGGCUCCUCAAGCUGCCGGUCGAAUUCACACGGAUAUGGAGCGAGGCUUUAUUAUGGCGGAAGUGAUGAGCUACGAUGACUUCAAGGCCGAGGGUUCCGAAGCGGCGGUUAAAGUAAGUGAUUCCGUUACCCUCUUCGGUGUAGUUUUCCUGUGUAUGGGGUGA